CCUAUUCGCCGUCUCUGCGGGCCGUCCAUCCAGUAGCAUCGAUGCAUUUGGCCUUGUGAGACUCUUCGAUUUUGCUUUUUCUUCGGAAUCUUCCUCUCCUCUUCAUCCCCUUGUCUUCCCUUUGUUGCUUCAACCGAUACUCCUCAGCUAGAGCGGCGGCGAGGCUGUGCCGCGAGCCUGCAAGAUGGGCGCCUGGAACAUAUUCCGCAUCCUGGGCGACCUGCUCCACAUGCUCUCCAAGGGCAUCCUCAUCUUCGCCAUCCACCGAAACCGCAGCGCCGAGGGCGUUUCGCUCAUCACACAGGGCCUCUACGCCGUCGUCUUCUGCACGCGAUACCUCGAUCUCUUCCGGGAGCAGUCGGCAUGGAACGCGAUAUUCAAAGUCACAUACAUUGUCACAUCGUUCUACAUCCUCGCGGUGAUGCAAUGGCUGUUUCCCCGCUCUCGUGAGCGCGAGAUCUCCUGGAAGCUGGGUGCCAUUGUCCUCGGUGGCUCGCUUGCGCUCUCUCCCUUUGCGAUGCUGAUUUUCGAGUCGCGCUCUCGUUGGGGAUUCCUUACCUGGAUGUGGGUUUUCUCCGAAAUCCUCGAAUCUGUAUGCGUUCUGCCCCAGCUGUUGCUGUUGAGACAGACGACUGUUCCCACGGUCAUCGACUCCUUCUAUCUCCUGGCACUGGGCUCCUACCGCGCGUUCUACUGCAUCAACUGGUUCGUUCGGGAGCUCGAUGUCAACGACCGACCCCCGGAUACCGUCGCUGUCAUCUUCGGCAUCAUCCAAACGGCCCUCUAUAUCGAUUUCGCUUGGGUCUACUACACACGACAGCGAGUCAAGCUCCGUGGCGGUGGCGUUGUUGAUGCUGACGAUUUGCACCGUGGGUGGUUCCUCCACCGCAUCUUCGGUAAGAGCGUCCCGGCUGCCGACGAUGAAGAGGCUGGCGUGGGAGGCGACGGCUCGCGUGGAGGUCGGGCGAGAUGGGGAGCGCGCGGCAUCUCGGUGAGCGCAGACGACGGCGUCCUGGAUAGUGGACGGCACGAUGACGACCACCACGAGGGGCUUGACCCUGAUGCCAGGAUGCAUGACCCCGAUGAGCUGGCCAAGGCUAUGGACGACGACGACGAUGACGAGGACACACCGCUGCGUGCUGGGCAGAGCUCCUCUCAGUCGCACAAUAACAAUACUACUCCACCGGGCAUUCGAAGCGGAGAUGAAUGGGACGAUUGAAGCAGCAGGCUGAACAUCUCUUUGGAUAUCGCAUCUCUCCGCAGAAGGAGACAAUGCUACGACGCAACUGCGUAGGAUAGGGGAUGAUUAAGGACCAUUAUUCGACCGUUGAUAUCUGAUCUAGACUGGCUGGGUAGGUAUGUUUGGGUGAUUUCAAGUUACGGUUUGGCUUGGUUCUGGCUACAAGAUUCAGGGGGGGUGUGGGUGGUGGGGAGAUGCAUGCUGGCAAGGAGAU